AUGUCGAAAGCUUUAGCUAGAGCUCCAAGGCUCUCGCCUCAUGACCGCCUUGAUCAUGCUGUCUCUGAGUUCGAGGCUAGCCUGUCGGGCGAGCAGAGAUUAAGGUUCAACAAGGGAAAAUCGCCACCCACUCCGAGCGAUGUCAUGAAGCUGUCGGAAGAGGUUGAUAUUCAUAUGUCACAGAAGUUUGGCGGCCGAUGUUUUGGGCCACGCUUCACCAACUUCCUCCAAGGUGUCCAGCAGUUCGCCGCCCUUGGAGACAUCUUGAUCGGUGGUUCGCAAAAUCUGAUAGCAUGCGGUGUGUGGUCCUUGGUGCGCAUGGCAUUGUUAUCAUUCGUGAGCGUUUCAAACCACGUUGACAAACUAUCGUCGAUCUUCAUGGACAUCGGUCGCUCUGCCCCGCGCCAUCAAGCAAUAGCCGAGCUGUAUCCUCGGUCCACAAAGUUACAAGAAUAUCUCUCCGAGUACUUCGUAGUCGUUGUACAACUAUGUCAUUACCUGUACAAGCUUGGGCAAAAGUCAACCUUAGGGCAAAUCACAUCCUCCUUGAAUCAAACGGCUUUGAUGGGUUUCCAGACCGACCUCCACAAAUGGGCAGCAUCAAUCGGAGAGGAGAUGCAUCUAAGGGAAGCUCAAGAGAGUUCCGGUUUUAGAGAAGAAACCCGGUUGAUCUUUAAAUUCGCGACGGACGAGCAAAAACUUGCUAAAAAGCGCCAAGUACUUGCGGCAAAGGCGGCUACAAAGAACCGAGUUCUUGACUUCUUCUCAACAUACGACCAUGAGACAGCGCAGAAGCAGAUACGAAAGGCGGGAAACACGUUGCUACAUACACGUUACGUGCAAUAUCAAAAGUGGAAAGACUCUCCUGAUUCUUCCACACUAGUCUUCACAGGGAAGUUGGGGUCAGAUGGACUAGACAAGUGCGACGACACGGAGAGACGAAUGCUGGUGGAGGCAGUCCGGACGAUCCAGAAGAAGCUAAAAGUCCUUGUUUGUGUUUCUUUGCGACUAGAGCCAAGCAAAGGCUUGUCUUUCAUUACCAAACAACUCUUGGCAACCGAUAUCAUUUCAUUGCCGGAGGACAAUCCAGACACCGAGGCCUUCAUCGUAGCAGAGCUGGACCGUUGUCUAGAACAAGAGCUUUUGACGAUUGGUGAUCCCAAGUUGAUAUCGGAAAUACUUGAUGCGCUCUUGAAAAAUGCGAAGGGGAUGUUCCUUUGGGCAGCUCUCCAGAUCCAAGCUUUAUGCGGAAUGAAGACUGAUCAUGCUAUUCGAAACGCAUUGUUAGACCUACCAAAAGACCUGUCACAGACCUUUGCCCGUAUCUUACAUAAGUCAGGAAGUUCAGAUACACCACUUCAAACGAAGACACUGCAACUCGUGUUGGCAGCUUGCCGGCCUCUGACGACUGAAGAGCUGAAAGAAGCUUUAAGCGUCACUCCUGGAGAGGUGACUUACGAUCCAUCUCAAAUGUUGAACGAUGUUCACUCGGCGCUAGCUUGCUGUGGAUGUCUUCUUAUUGUUGAUGAGGAAGAGUCAACCGUCCGAGUCGUACACCAUAGCUUCAAGCAAUAUCUCCUCGGCACUCUUGACCCUUCCACGGACGUCACUUUCUCUAUCGAGGACGCACAAAGGAACUUGGCCGACAUUGUGGUGACUUAUCUUAGUUACAACGUCUUCGAGACACAGGUAUCAACAGCCACCGUCCGUCCAGUCUUGGCACAAUCAGCACCGUCUACAAUCUUGCAAACCGUGACUCCAAGGAUGGCUAGUCAACUUGCAAGGAAGUUCCUUGAAAGUAGGAAGCAGAAGCAACCUACAUUAGAUUUGAGCAAAACAGUUGCAGAAGCGUGUGGCACCUCCCAUUCUCAGCCGGAAGACAGAUUCAAGUUCUACGCCUAUGCGAAACUACAUUGGCAAAACCAUAUCUGGUAUGUUUCGGGACAGAAAGAUUGUGUGUACCAACUCUGUGCCAAUCUGAUUCAAGUUCGACGCUCGGAAUUGAAAGAGCUGGACGGGAACGUUAGGAUGCAAUUCCGCUGGGCUGCUAUGCACGGGAAUGUGAGAGUCAUCGAGCUGUUGUGUCAGAAUAGCGAGAUGCUCAGGAGUCAGCCUGUGCUCAGGAGGCGAUCUGCUCCUGUGCGUAGGUAUCGUGUGCAUAGGGGGCAGUGGGUGCUCACAAGUCGGUCUGAGCUUGGGCCCAGGAAAGUUGUGGUCUCUGAGCAGCCUUACACCUACAGUCGGAUUGGAGGUGUGUUCAGAGAUAGAUCGACACCACUGCUAUGGGCGAUCAAAAUUGAAGACAAGGACCUUGUUGAGGUACUGCUCAAAGCUGAUGUUGAUGUUAAUUAUGGAGCCACAACUGGAACAAUUGGAAGGCCACUGGUUCAAGCGGUUGCGUGUGGGAACAUAGAGAUUGUUCAGCUGCUCCUCAGUGCUGUCAAGAUUGAUGUUAAUGCAACAGACAGCGCAGGCAAUCCAGCAAUAACGCUGGCAGCAGAACUAGGAUAUAAAGAAAUUCUGGAGCUGCUGCUUAGAACUGCCAAGGUUGACGUCAAUGCGAGAGAUCGAUUCGAUUCAUCAGCAAUCAUAAUAGCGGCAGGAGAAGGGAGCAAGGAAAUUGUUGAGCUGCUGCUAAGAAAUGGACAGAUCGACGUUGAUGCGAAGAACGCUAGUGGAGACACAGCGUUGAUUGUGGCGGCAGAGUCCGGAUACAAAGACAUAGUUGAAUUGCUACUGGACACUGGCAAGGCAGACCCUAAUGUGAAGGGCUCGAGCGGACGACCGGCGAUGACGAGGGCGGCAUUGUAUGGACGAAAAGACGUAGUGGAAUUGCUUCUGAAUACUGACAAGGCAGACCCUAAUUCGAAGGAUGGGGCAGGACGGACACCGUUGAUGAUAGCGGCAUGGAGUGGACAAACAAGUGUGGUGGAGUUGCUACUCCGCAGCUCCGAUGUUGAUCAUAACGUGGAGGAUUUCAAAGGAAAAACAGCAUUAAUGCUGGUGAAAUCGCAGGGCUAUAAAGAUAUAGCCCAGCUGUUGAAGCCAUAA